AUGAGUGCAGACGGUGAUGAACUUCAGGCAACAGGGUUGAUCGGCGGUGAUUUAGGUACCGGCGAUGUAACGCAAACCACGACGGGGUUUACUAUCGCAGUUAACCAAUACUGGAAGCCCAAUGUAGACGCUAAUCUCGUGCCAGAAGUCGAACGUCGUUUUAACACCCUUCACGAAGGAAUCCAAUUCUACAAGGCCUACGGACGAGCGGGUGGAUUUGACAUCAGGCACAGUAGUUUUAAGCGAGAUCGUGCUGGUGAAAUUAUGUCGCGUCAUUUAGUAUGUAGCAGACAAGGGGUGAAAGGAGGUGGCAGGCGCAAACCCAUAGUAGAAGUCCGUGCUGGGAGUGGUAGCAAAAAGCAACGACGAAGAAGGAUUUCUAACAGAGUGGGGUGUCGCGCUAAGCUUGGAUUUAAGAAAGAGAAUACUGGAGAGUUUAUGGUGACUACAUUUGUGGAGGAACACAACCAUAGUUUGUGCUCAAAGGGUGCGAAAUUAUUUAUGAGGGGUAACAGGCAGCUUAAUGUGGCCCAACAAGCAUUGUUAGCAAAUUGUAUUAAGGUUAAUAUUGGUUCUUCCGCCGCGUUUAGGUUAUGCAGGGAGGUGGGGGGUUCGUUUGAGAGCGUUGGUGCAACGAACAUGGAGUUCGAUAAUUUUAAACGAGACUUGCAAGCAUACGUUGAUGUGAUUGACGGUGAGAUGAUUAUAGAAAGGUUGAGAACAAAGCGUGAACUCUGUGUAGACUUCUUUUUUGAUUACCACCUAGACGAGGAAAACCGGCUCGCACGGCUCUUUUGGGCGGACCCUAUCAGUAGGGGGAGUUUUUCUUGUUACGGUGAUGUUAUCUCAUUUGAUGCCACGUACAGCACAAACAGAUACAAUUUGGUGUUCGUGCCAUUCACUGGAGUGGACAAUCGCAAACGAUGCAUUACUUUCGCCGCAGGGUUAAUCACUAGAGAGGAUGUGCACAUUAUGACGAAAGUUAGUGAGAAAGUCGGGCCUGGGCUAGCAAAUAAUGAGGUGUUUCACAAGAGUUUGAAUGAUAUUGUUUGGAACGAAAGAAUCUCCAUCGAUGAUUUUGAGGUGCAAUGGAAGCUCCUAAUGGAGAAAUACAACUUAUCUGAGCACCGAUGGUUUGGUAAACUAUUUGCAGAACGGGAGCAUUGGAUUCCAGCGUUUUUUUUCUGA